AUGCAUUUACCCAAUUUAGUAAACAUAAAGGACUCAUCAUCUUCAUCUAAUAAAGCUUUUAAAAGAAACCCAUCAGGAAACCCCCCUUCAUAUAAUGAAUCAAUUUCACAAGUAUCAUCGCCGAUAUCAUUGACCCCUGUUUCCUCAGCAUCAAGAGUCCCAACACUUUCUAGUUCCAGUACAAGAUCGAAAACUUCUGGUAAUAUAAAGAAUGUUCCGUAUAAACCAUCUGCUGAACAACAAAGACAAAUAAAUCUAUUGGGUGGUGGCAGAAGUCCCAUAGCUGAACUUUCUACCGUUUCUAGUCAUUCACAAACGGAAUAUUUUGAUGUUUUGCCAUCGUUUCAAAUGUUCCAAAGUAUACUUAAACGAGAUGAUCGUCAAUUCCAAGAAGAUUUAUCUAGUUUACCACCUGGGUAUGGAGAUGUCACAAAUUCGUCGCCAACUCCUCCCACAUUAUCUCCUUCAAAUUCAAGAGAUCGUACUAUAGAUGAAGCCAUUGAAAGGUUAAAUGAGUAUGGCUUGGCUCAAGAGAGAGACGAAAUGAAUAAUGAUGAAUAUUUAUUUGAAGAACAUGAUCAUAAUAAUCAUAACAACAACAACAAUAAUAACACAUUACUGCCGGUUGGUUCAACUGUUAAUGCUAAUGUACAUAAUCAAAAUAUUGAAGUGACUCACGAUACAUAUGGUCAUUCACCACUAGAUAACAUAGAUAAAUUGCAUAAGUUACCACAUUCACCGAUAGAUAUUCAGAUCUAUGUUACUAAACAAAUCCCACAACCAAAUGCCAACAAUGAUUUAGAAACAAGAUUAAAAGAAUAUACUAGUGGUGAUUUUGUCAAUGGAUAUAUAACUGUUAUCAAUAAAUCCCAUGAACCAGUGGAAUUUGGGUUAUUUACUGUUUCUUUGGAAGGAACAAUAAAAUCUGUGGAAAGAAACCCUCAUGCAACCACUACUACUUCUGGAUUAACCAACAAGUUUCUGAAAAUUUUAAUGAAGAAAUUUUUGAAAAUGUAUGAUUUAAAUGCUUCUUAUGGAUAUGUUCAAGUACCCAAUAGUGCUGGGAUUGAAUAUGAACCAUUUUCUCAUGAUUUAUCUGAUGGUUCAGUUAUUGGUUUACCAACAGAUCGAUUAUUACAACCCAAUAUAAAGUAUAAGAAAUUUUUCACAUUUAAAUUUCCUCAUAGAUUAUUAGAUAAUGCUUGUAUAAAUUCAUUAUUACCUCAUUUAUUACCUCCUCCUUCAAUGGGGAUAGAUAGAACAUGUUUUUAUAAUCGUGGUGAAGGAAUACAACUCAAUAAAGCUUUAGGAUAUGGGUUUUUGAAUGUACGAGGUACUCCCAUGUUAACUAAAGAUUAUAGUUUUGAUGAUUUGAGUAUUUCUUAUACAAUAGAAGCAAAAUUCAUUGAUAGAUUAAAUUCUACUGAACCUAUAUCUCAUGAUGAAAUUAAUAAUAAUAAUGCUACUGCAGCAGAAUAUGUAAUUUCUAAAAAUGCUCAAUAUUUCCUUAGAUUUAUUCCUGAUUUAAAAGAACAAGUUCAAUAUUGUAAACGAUUCCAAAUAGGUGGAUAUCCAGUUAAUGGUAUUGGUGGGAAAUUUAUGCAACAAUAUUUGAAUAAACUUACUUGGAAAGAUAUUAAAUUACAAAAUUUUGAAGUUGAAAAAGAAAUUGAUGAAAAAUUGUUACAUAUGGAAUUAAGUCCUGAAGAAGUGAAAAAUAAAAAUUUAAUUAUUAAUGUCAAUAAUGAAAAUACUACUACUAAUAAUAAUAAGAAUGAUAAUAGUUUGAGACAAGAAUUUAAACCACCUUCUUGUGAAAUAGAGAAUAAUAUCAUUAUUACUAAAAUACCUACAGAAAUAUUUGGUAAAAAGAAAAAAAUGAUUUUAUCAUCUUUAGUUAAAAUUGGUGAACUGAAAUUAUCAGUUAUAAUACCUGAUAAAAUCAUACCGUAUGCAUCACCAAGAUUAUUAAUGAAAUAUAAUAAUAGCAAACAACAACCACAAGACGAAGAAGAAGAAGAGUUGGAUUCACUUCGACCGGUUUUGAGUCAUAUGGAUGAAAUAUAUAAUCGAAAUAAAGAAGAUAUUAUUGAUUCAAUAAAAUUGAAAUUAGAAUUUAUUACAACUGAUAAUAAUAUUCGUGCUCCAGAAAUUCAAUCAGUAGAUGUCAAUAUUAUAUUUUGGUCAUAUAGUACUGAUUAUCCAAUUCCAUUUGAACUUGGUUAUGAUUUUUUUUAUACUAAUGAAAAUAAUCAAGAUGAAUAUAUUAAAGAUCCUGUGGAAAUAACUAGAAGUAAUUUACAAAAUUUAAAAGAUCAAGUAUCAAAUUAUAUUUCAUUUGUUAAAGAAAAUAAAAUUUCUUUAAGUCGAGAUACAUUUUUAUAUUUGAAAUCAAUUAAAUCUUUAGGAGUUAAAAAAGAUACCAUUAAAGAUUAUUUCCAAAUAAUAACCGAUUCAAAUUUAUUAAAUCAUGAAGGAAGUUGGAAAGUUGAACAAUUGAAUAAUAAUAGUAAGGGUUUCCGUUAUUGUAAAGAUUUGACAAUUCCAUUAACAAUAUUGAAUAAGAAUAAUGUCAAUUUGUUACCAAGUUUCCAAAGUUGUCUUGUAGGGAGAUUAUAUUGUUUACAAGUUAUGGUCCGUUAUAAAGGAACUAAUAAUGAUCAAAAUGAAUUUGCUGAUAAUAUAGUUAAAGUAGAUGUACCUAUAUUAGUAGGAUAA